AUGUUUAAAAGAUCAUUACAUAAAUCAACUAGAUUACUUCGACAAAUAAAAACAAAAGAAGAUAUAGAUAAAUUAUUAAAUAAUCCUACAUGGUCAGUUAAGGAACUACUGCUGUCGAAACAAAAUUCAAAUUCUGAAAUAACACAUAAAACAGUAGCUAAGAUGAUUAAACUAUCAGGAUUUAAUGAUGAAGUGACUCCAGAAUUAACAAAAUCAUUAAAUUUACAAAUGAAUUUUAUUGAGAAGUUGUAUGAUGGUGAAGAGGAAGAAGUACAUAAACAUUCAAACAAUGAUUCAAUUUUUAGAUUGAUUGCCAGUGAUCACAUUCCAGAUAAACCCUUAACUUUAAAACAAUUACAAGAAGAGAUAAAGAAUUUGAAACCAAGUAAAGAGAAAGGAGAAAUAAGGGACGACAAAAAUACACCAUAG